GCUUUCUAAAAGGAUUUUGCAGCCCUUAGUUUCCUUUCUCCACAUUCUUUCAGAGUAGUGUGUAUAGCCAGAGCAUGGAAAUUGAGGGCCAGAGUUAAAGUGAACCCUGCAAAUAACUCAGAGCUCCAUGUUUUAAUUUUCUCAGAAGAAUUUGCCUUGUCAUUGUUUAUUAUAAUGACAAAAAGCAGGGAAUCCCACUCCUCCCCCCACCCCCAAACACAUGCAUAAUGUGGAGUUUUUGUUUUGUCUUUUUCUUAUGCAAAGGUUUCAACUUUAAAAUUUCUAAUUCAGAGUAUAGAAGAAUAUAGUAUAGAAUAGCUCUUAAAGGAGAGGGGAAAAAACCUCACAUAUUAGAACUGUUUUAAAUUAAAUGAAAACCAGGUUCUUUUAAAAUGAUCCCUUUUAAUUUUAAAAUCUCGGUUUAGGGAAGACCAGAGGAGUAUUUACCAUUAAAUUUCCCAUUAUGGUUUUCAGAGAGACAUGGUAGGCAGCAUUUUUAACUAAGGAAAAUAAGUCUAUCAGUUCCACUUAGAUAACCUUUGGUAAUAAACUAACUCCAUACACGUUGUGACCUUAGCGCCUGAACUUUCUAAUCACAUGACUGGCUUGUAAACUGACCUGUAAGGAUGACUGUCGUAGUCCCGGCUAAGAGAGAAAUUGGCCAAGUAUCGGAAGGGUGGUCAUCAAGCUAGACUUGUCCUGUAAUCUCUGUUUCUUCAUGGCUCCAAUAGAACUUCUCAACAAACUCCAAGAAGCAUGAAAUGGAGACAUGGGAAGUUUCUGUUCCAGAUGAUCGGGCUGAACAACGAACCUGUCUCAUUUGUGGGGACCGUGCCACAGGCUUGCACUAUGGAAUUAUCUCCUGUGAAGGCUGCAAAGGGUUUUUCAAGCGGAGCAUUUGCAACAAGCGGGUGUAUCGGUGCAGCCGUGACAAGAACUGUGUCAUGUCUCGGAAGCAGAGAAACAGGUGCCAGUACUGCCGCCUGCUCAAAUGCCUCCAGAUGGGGAUGAACCGGAAGGCAAUCAGAGAAGACGGCAUGCCUGGAGGCCGGAACAAGAGCAUUGGGCCAGUCCAGAUAUCAGAGGAAGAGAUCGAAAGGAUCAUGUCUGGGCAGGAAUUUGAGGAAGAGGCCAAUCACUGGAGCAACCAUGGUGACAGCGACCACAGUUCCCCUGGGAACAGGGCUUCAGAGAGCAACCAGCCCUCACCAGGCUCCACACUGUCCUCCAGCAGGUCUGUGGAACUGAAUGGAUUCAUGGCAUUCAGGGAGCAGUACGUGGGGAUGUCUGUGCCUCCACACUAUCAAUACAUACCGCACCUUUUUAGCUAUUCUGCCCACUCGCCACUUCUGCCCCCACAAGCUCGCAGCCUGGAUCCCCAGUCAUACAGUCUGAUUCACCAGCUCGUGUCAGCUGAGGACCUGGAGCCAUUGGGCACACCCAUGUUGAUCGAAGAUGGAUACACUGUGACCCAGGCAGAGUUGUUUGCGCUGCUCUGCCGCCUGGCCGAUGAGCUGCUCUUUAGGCAGAUUGCCUGGAUCAAGAAACUGCCUUUCUUCUGCGAGCUCUCAAUCAAGGAUUACACGUGCCUCCUGAGCUCCACGUGGCAGGAAUUAAUCCUGCUGUCCUCCCUCACCGUUUACAGCAAGCAGAUCUUCGGGGAGCUGGCUGACGUCACCGCCAAGUACUCACCCUCUGAUGAAGAACUGCACAGAUUUAGUGAUGAAGGGAUGGAGGUGAUCGAGCGGCUUAUCUAUCUGUAUCACAAGUUCCAUCAGCUAAAGGUUAGCAAUGAGGAGUAUGCUUGCAUGAAAGCAAUUAACUUCUUAAAUCAAGAUAUCAGGGGUCUGGCCAGUGCCUCACAGCUGGAACAGCUGAACAAGCGAUAUUGGUACAUUUGCCAGGAUUUCACCGAAUAUAAAUAUACACAUCAGCCCAACCGCUUUCCUGACCUCAUGAUGUGCUUACCCGAGAUUCGAUAUAUUGCAGGUAACAUUCUGGCUGCUGGGCUUCCAGCCCUUUCUUGUUUCUCUUAGAUUUGUGAAGAGAAGAUCUGGUGAAGAGAAGACAGCAAGCAGUGUUUUCAGGAUGCUUGUUCCAGGCCCAUCACUAGCUGCAUAAAAGCACUCCUACCCUUGCCCUCAGCAAAGUUGUAUUAUAACGAGAAGUUUGUGUUGUGUUUAUAGGGAAGAGAAUCUGACAUUUCCUUAGGAUUUAUAACGUGCAGAAUACGUUUUAAGUCUUAUGUAUCAUUUAAUCUCAGAACAAUCUGGAAGGUUGGUGAUAUUAUAGCCAUUCUGUGGUUGGAGAAACAGGCUCAGAGUUUCUCAAAUUAACUACAUUUCCUGAAUCGUUUACUAUAAAAGGGUGGAUUUUAUGGUAUGUGAAUGAAAAAUUAUAUCUCAAUUUUAAAAA